UUUAAUCUUUUUCAUCUCUUCAAUUUCUUUUAAACUUAAUAUUCUUUGAUUGUUGAAUGUAAACACAUAAUGGAGAUUUAUAAUCAAAUUUAUUACAUGUAACAUAGUCUUAUUAAAUGUUAGGUCCUACAUAUGUUUCCAGAGGCAACCUAUAAGUUUGAUGGAGAAGAGAGUCCACAAGUCAAAGUGAUACGAAUUUUCAUUUUCAGGGAGUAAAAUGGUAAUUUUGGAUUUACAGAAAGCAAAAUAAGAUCAAAAUGAAGCUCCAAAGAGCAUAACCAAAAAUAAGUCAAAAAAAAAAAAAAAACAAAUAAAAGGAACUUAUUCUUUACUUGUAGAGACAUUGCACAUUGACAUCUCAGUAAAUGUAAAAAAAAUCUUUGUUUCUACCAAAGCCAUGAAAAUUGUCUACUACCAUUUCACUAGCAUCUGCAUGCUAAAAGCAAACAAAUAUACACCGGCAAAUUUGUUUUAAGUCGAAUCUAGCUUUGCUAUGCUAGCACAUGACUAUAUGAUACCAUAUGAUCUCAUUCAGUUUUACAUGUGAACUUGGAGACUCACAACACUCCGGCAUCAAUGGUUCCGGCCAGCAGGACGAGCUGGACCUGUGCCGUGUGGUGCCUAAGGCUGCGCUCAGCAUUUCAAACCAUCUUAGCCUGCACCAUAGUCUAGACCACCACUCUCUACGGUCCACAGCCUCUCAGGCGUUUAGUAGCUUACCCUGGAUACUCUUAACUCACCACAAUCCUCAUCCUCUCAGACGCGACACUUGGGGAGGCGCUGAGAGGCUUCUGGCACGCGCUUUAUGGUUGUAUUCAGGUCCUGAUCCUUACACUCCUGAGCCUCCGGCUGAUAGGACCCGCACACUUCAGUUAUUUCGUAUCCGCCCUUGCAGUGGCACUGUGCACUUUUGUUGUGGCACUGCCGGAAGCAACUCACUUGAUGUCUAAGCGGAUUGCGUUUGGUCAGAUUGUGAUUGUGUAUGUAGGCACUGCCAUUCAUUGUGCAGAAGCUGAUGAGUUGGUACUUAUGCGCCCGAUUCAGGUGUGUUUGAGUACUGUGCUUGGAGCUUCGGCAUCUGUUGGGGCUAUGUUGUUUCCCAACUUGUUCUUCUACCGAAAGCCAUCUCUGGCAGCUGUGUUGUCUCCUUACCUUGCCUACCACGAGGUGAGACAAAUGUGCCAAAAAUAUGCCGAGAACGCUAGGAAGAGGUUCAACUUCUAUUUAGAUGCAAUCUUGUCUCAAGACAGCUCUGCUGCACUUGACUUUAUUUUACAGGCCAAACCCUUGGCUGAAGCAGGAGAAAAGCUCCUCCGAAGUAUCGAACAUAAACAGGAAGCCUUACUGUGGGAAAGACCAACAAUCAGAAAUAUCCUCAACCCUAGUCGCUUCUAUGUUCGAGAAAAAUUGCAGGAAGUUGAAAUACCCUUGAGAGGGAUUGCAAUAGCUUCAACUUCAUGCCCUUCCUUUCCAGUUGCCAUGAUGAAGAAACUGCAAGCGGACGCUUUACACAACCUGAAAAGGCGAAUACAUGACCAGCUUGAGCAGCUCGAGCGCUUUGCACCUUUCUACACAAGAAAGAAAAAGGAAAGAUCUUUGAAAGAGGCCUUCUGGCCCCUUGAAACCAUUUUUCAUGAAGAUUUAUUGGCUUUCUUUUUCGUUGAUUGUCUGAAACUCCUCCAAGAAAAUACCGAGUCUAUUGAAGAAUGCAAGCGAGAGAGCUCUUACACUGAAAGCUCGGGCGGUUCACAAAUCAAAUGGAGCUGUGACAUUUUGUGCAUUAAACCAAGCAAAACAAGUCUAUAUUUUGCAGUUAAGUGCUCACUUUCAUUAGGCCUUGCUGUGCUGUUGGGUUUGCUGUUCAAUGAGAGAGAAGCAUGUUGGGCAGGACUAAUAAAUGCAAUAAGCUUUGUUAGGGGAAGACAAGCAACAUUUACUGUAGCGAAUGCUAGAGCACAAUCUACGGCAAUGGGAUCAAUCUACGGGAUCUUGUGUUGCUUCAUCUUCAAGGAAGUCGAGGACUUGAGUUUCUUAUCUCUUCUACCUUGGUUAGUUUUCACAAGCUUUCUAAGGCACAGCAGGAUGUAUGGCCAAGCCGGUGGAAUAUCAGCAGCUGUAGGGGCACUACUAAUACUUGGCAGGAAAGAUUAUGGCCCUCCGAUCGAUUUUGCAAUUGCUCGAAUCACAGGGGCUGUCAUUGGAUUGAUAUGUUUCGUCACCAUAGAGAUUCUCACAUCCCCUGCAAGAGCAGCAACUCUGGCAAAACUCAAACUUUCACUUGGAUUGGGUUCCCUUCAAGAAUGCAUCGAAGAUUUAGUUCUUUUCGACAGCCAAAUCGCUUCAAUGAGUCCAAAGUUGAGAAAGAAACAGAGCAAGUUGAAAUCCCAAGUCAAAAAGUUAGCGAAGUCAAUUGAAGAAGCUCAGCUGGAGCCUAAUUUCUGGUUCAUCCCUUUCAACGGUGCCUGUUAUGGCAAGCUCCUGAGAUCUUUAUCAAACAUGGAGAAUCUUUCGCUUUUCAUGUCCAACAUAAAAGAAUCUCUAUCACUCAUAUUACAGUGCUUCGACCUUGAUUUGGAAGAACUCCGAAAACCCAUGAAGGGCCUUGAGAAAGAUUUGAAGAUUUUCAAGAAAAAAUUUGGGAAAUCUCUGCACUGUCUUCAAGAACUGGCUUCCAAGAAGUCUGUUGCAGUUCAUAACAAACAUGACAUUGAGUUUGGAACAUCAGCAAGGGAAAAUGAUUCUAGGGGUUUGGAUUCAGAGAAGGAAGAGACUGAAAGCAUUGUAAACUCUUUUCUUCAAAAUUCCAAUGAAUUAUCCUCAAAAAUUGCCGCCAUGACUGGAUUAAUAGAGGAUCAUCAGAAGCUUAGAGGGCAAGUAACUGUUUGUUUGGGUGGAUUAGGGUUUUGCAUCAGCAGUCUGCUGAGGGAAGUAAAAGAGAUGGAGAAAGAGUUUCAAGAACUUAUCAAAUUGGAACACCCUUCAAGCCAUGUAAUUGUAUGAAGACACAUACUUUAAUAUCCUAAAAUCUUACUCUUCCUAGCAAGUUUAUUUAUUAGUCAGAGGGUUUUUAAUUAUUUAAUUAUAGAAAGAAUAUUGCUUCCAACUUCUAAUA